AUGCCCUCAAAGGGAGUCCGGGCCGGUACGACAUUGAUGGGAGCAGACGUUGUUCUCUGCAAGUUUCAGGAGCAGUGUAUGACACAGGCAAAGUUUGCCAUGUCGUCUGAGGAUCGUGCCGCACUGGUGGCCCUGUUUCGGUCUACCGGCGGGACUCGCUGGAUUUUAAACGCCAACUGGGCGACAGAUGCUGACCUCUCGAAAUGGCACGGAGUGGAAGUCAACCAACACGGUCGAGUGGUGGAGCUGGAUCUGAAUAACAACAACCUCAGAGGGACUAUCCCUGAAACGCUUCGAGGUCUCAAGGAGCUAAUGGUUCUUAAUUUGAGCUGCAACAAGCUCACCGGUGAGAAAGCAUGGUUGACCAGACCAUCAUUGUUUAGAACAAUUGUCUUUCCCACGCCCCUUGGGAAAGAUGACAUAGUCCAUCUCAUGAACAAGCUUCACCAUGACAGCUUGUUUCACGUCCUGAAUGCCUGCCCAGGUUUCAUCCCGGCAUGGCUGGGAUCUCUACAUAAUUUGCAAACACUUGGGCUACACAGCAACCAGCUGGCCGGGCCUAUCUCUGAAGAGCUGGGGGCUCUCAAGGAGCUAACGGAACUGUAUUUGUACAAUAACAAGCUUACGGGGCCUAUCCCUGAAGCGCUUGGAGCUCUCAAGGAGGUACGGUAUCUUUGUUUGGACGACAACAACCUCACGGGACCCGUUCCCACGGCACUAGGAGACUUGGAGAACCUUCGGGAGCUUCAUCUUCAGAACAACCGCCUAACAGGAGUCAUCCCGGCGGAGCUGGCAAACUUGAGUGCUCUUUCGAAAUUUUGGUUUAGAAACCCAGGAUGGAAGGCCCUCUUGCGCCGUGGCAACAAGCUUGCCGGAGGACCGGCACAUGGCGAGAGGCUUGAUUUGUGGAGGGAUCGAAUGUGGCGCAAUCAUGAGACGAAACCGCAGACACUCAAGGUUGUCCAAACGGAGGACGCUCCCGUACCUCCUCCUCCUCUUACACCUCCCUUCUUGCUACCGCAGCCGAAGGAGAUAAACGAGGGCGAGAAAAAGGAGGAGGACGUUCUCUUACCUUCCCCUCCUGCCCCUCCGGUAUUGCUACCGCAGCAGCAGGAGACAAGCGAGGACGAGAAAAAGGAGAAGGACACUCCCGCACCUUCCCCUUCUGCCCCUCCGGUAUUGCUAUCACAGCAGCAGGAGACAGGCGACGACGAGAAAAAGGAGGAGGACGCUCCCGUACCUUUCCCUUCUAUCCCUCUCGUGAUGCUACCACGGCAGCAGGAGACAGGCGGGGGGGACGAAAACGAGGAGGAUGUUCCCCUGCCGCUUGUCUCCCCCACCCACAGACAGGCGGCGGUGGGGGGACGGGUCCGUUCUCCGGAAAAUGCUUCCUUGUCCCCAGGGAAGGCAGCAGAAGUGGACCGAUUGUUCAGAGUGCAGCUUUCGUCCUCAGCAGGGUUAGAUUCACUCAUCAAAGAAAACCCUGAAGCUCUGGAGGAUAUCCAACGGGUCAUCAAAGCACCGGCGGCUGGAGGCUUUUAUUUCGACGAUGAGCUUAGCGACAUGGAGAGGCGCCGGAAGCUCGGUGCGCUGAUGAACAUGGCAAAGGCUCUAGGCGAGGUUGCGUUGAGCCACACCGAGGAUAAGGACGUCCAGCGGAAGGAGCUAGCGUUGGCUCCGUUUUCCAAAGCCUACUACACCGCCGUCAGAAGCGGGCUAUGCAACGCCUACCUCGCUGCCAGCGUCAUCGACAGUGACUGGGUGUCCACGAGCAAGACCGGUGGUAUGGGCAAGGGAGGAACGGCCUUGGUGCUGCUGUCUAGUGCAGUUCCCGUGAUCAGUGGACUGGCCGGACUAGCAGGCAAAGCGCUGCGGACCGGAGACCACUAUCUCCAAACCCGACGAUUAGCAAAGAUCACGGCUAUGGCAGCUGACACAAUGGAGUGUUGUUCGUUGGCGAGGAGGUUGGCCCUACAACUAACCGACGGCCUCAAAGACGAUACCGGCAUGAUGGACGAUGAGACCGACCAAGUCUGUACGCACACCACGGCGGGCAUGAACGGCGGCUCUGGAUCUGGCCGGGACGCUGAUAUUUUGCCUGAUAUCAUUAUCGAAGACGACGUCUUUGAACACUUGCUGGAAGAGGUGGCCCGCUAUGAACGCAGCGAUCACGGUGGAAAACGGCUAGGCAAGAAGCACCUUCGAAAACUGUUGAAGGCGAUUCAACGAGGUUGCCUUGACGGCUCAAGCGGCAUUAAACAAAAGAUGGAGCUCCUUCUACUGGAGAUUCUUCCCGAGGCAGACAUUAGAACCUCGGAAACGUCGAUCUCGCCCAAGGAAGUGAUCGUCCAAUCUCCUCCUGCUUUGGCGCCCACCCACAACGGCACAUUGCCCUCAAUGGCAGAUAUUGCCGCCUUGCAAGCAGCGGUGGAAGCGCUGACAUCAGCGAAGGAUAUGCAGCGAGCAGAACUCGAAGUAAUGAGGUCGGACAAGGCAACGCACCAAGCAGAGCUUGAAGCACUGAAGUCUGACAAGGAAGAGCAGCAAGCGGAGCUAGCAGCGCUGAAAUCUGCCAUGGAGAAGCAGAAAUCAAGAAUUGAAGCGGUGGAGUCCGAAAAGGAGAAGAAGCAAUCGAAAAUUGAAGAAGUGGAGUCCGCCAAGGAAAAGCAGCAAGCAGAGCUGGAAGUGCUGCAGUCUGCCAAGGAGAAGCAGCAAAAUGAGCUGGAAGCGCUGAAAUCCACCCAGGAGAAGCAGCAGUCGAAAAUUGAAGCAGCAGAGUCCGCCAGGGAAAAGCAGCAAGCAGAGCUGGAGGCUCUGCAGUCUGCCAAGGAGAAGCAGCAAGCAGAGCUGGAAGCGCUGCAAUCUGCCAAGGUGAAGCAGCAAAAUGAGCUGGAAGCGCUGAAAUCCGCCAAGGAACAGCAGCAGUCGAAAAUUGAAGCAGUAGAGUCCGCCAAGGAAAAGCAGCACGCAGAGCUGGCAGCGUUGCAUUUCGACAAGGAGAAGCAGCAAGCGGCGCUGGAAGCGUUGAAAUCCGCCAAGGAGAAGCAGCAAUCGAAAAUUGAAGCAGUGGAGUCCGCCAAGGAAAAGCAGCAAGAAGAGCUGGAAGGGUUGACGGCCGCCAAAGAUGAGCUCGAGCGCAAGGUGAAGAAACUGGAGAAACAUGCUUCAGAGCUUGACAGUGAGCCGGACGACGAUGUGGACUACGGGGGUGGGCUGGCUGUCAGACAACGGGUGGCUGUAACAGAGACCGCGCAAGGGUUUUUCGACAGAGCUCGAGAUAGAGCUACGACGGCGGCUGACCACCAUCCGGUGACGGUCGCCGAACAAAGGGAGUUCGAGGCACUGCAGAACGAAAAGCACUGUGGACACGAAGCGAGAUUGAGAGAGCUCGAGGGAGAGAUCAGUAAGGCCACCAAACGAGAAAAGGGACGCGGAUGA